UGAUUUCUUCUCCGCGUGUGCGAGAAAAAGAAAACCUUGAUUAUUUUACUAGAUAAAGCUGGAAGAAAACAACUUGAAGAAGCAGAGGCAGAGCAACCAAGCUCCUUGAAAAUGUCAGCAGCUGUGAUAACAAGUAAAGCAAAACAACUAGCCUUACUUACAUUAGUUCUUCCUUCUCUUCCCACCCCAGUUCCCUUCCCUUUUACUCCCCUUCUUCGCUGUUCUUUUUCUGUCUCAGCUUCGCCAAUCCAAUCAAAAUUCCUUCUUUUCACAUGAAUUCAAACGUCCGGCCAUGGCUUCCUCCCUCUCUCCUCCUCCUACUCCUCUUCUGUUCACUCUUCCCCCUUUCCUUCUCGUCUCCCAUCCUCCGCCAUCUCCUUCAAUCCGAUCCUCCUGCCAACGCCACCUCGCAUCCGGCCAAGAAAUCCGACGCCGGCAAAAUCGCCGCCGCUGUGCUCAUCACUGCCGCCGUCAGCUUCUCCCUAUCUGCCCUUCUCUUCUUCUCCAUCCACCGUUUCUUCACCAAGCGCCGCAAGUCGGAACCUCAGAUGUACCUCACCAACCCCAUGCCCCCUUUCCACCGCUCCAAGUUCGACCGAAAUCUCAGGAGCGUCGCCGUCGAUGACAGCGCCCUUGACGUCUUUUACUGGAGGAGCAUCAACGAACCCGUUCCCAAGCGAUGCUAUCAAUGCAAUAGCUUACUUAAACGAUCUUCCGAUGAGGAGGACGAUCUUCCUCCGGCAGAGAAGAACCGGAGGCGCCUGCGGAAGGACGACCGAGGUAGCCAAGAGAUUCCCUUGCUUCCCUCCGAAAUAGCGCUAGACAGCGUCAAGGGCGUGGGAGAGCCGCCGCCGCCGCAGCCUCCGCCUCCUCCUCCCCCUCCGCCACCGACCGUAAAACCUCCACCACCACCACCGCCGGCUCUUCCGUCGAGAAAGGGGCCUGCUCCGCCGCCACCCCCUGCUGCUAGAAAGGGUGGAGGGCCGCCGGUUCCUGCGGGAUUUUCUAGGCCGCCGCCGGUGCCAGAAGGAGUUAAGGAUAGACCGAGGUUUAAGCCGCUGCACUGGGACAAGGUGACGCCGGCGAAUGCCGGCCAUUCGAUGGUGUGGGACAAAUUUACCGACGGGUCAACCGGGUUCGACGACGAUCUGUUAGAAUCCCUGUUCGGCUACGUCCCCAGCAACCGCCCCCGCCAGCCCUCCGCCGCCUCCGUCCUGAUCCCCAACCCGAGUCCCGCACAAAUCCGCCUGCUCGACCCCCGCAAAUCGCAGAACACCGCCAUCAUCCUCCGCACCCUCGCCGUCAGCCGCCAAGACAUAUUGGACGCCCUACUCGACGGUAACGGCCUUGACCUCGACACGCUCGAAAAGCUCUCCCGCAUACCCCUCACAGCCGAAGAACAAUCCCUCAUCCUCUCUUUCUCCGGCGACCCUUCUCACCUCGCAGAUGCCGAGUCUUUCCUCUUCCACAUCCUCAAAUCUGUACCCUCUGCGUUCCCACGAGUCUCCGCUCUCCACUUCCGCUCCUCCGUAUAUGAACCCGAAAUACUUCUCCUCAAGGAAUCUCUCAAAACGCUAGAUCUCGCCUGCAAGGAGCUCCGCACCCGCCCGCUUUUCAUUAAGCUGCUUGAAGCCAUUCUUAAAGCUGGGAAUCGGAUGAACGCAGGCACAGCUAGGGGAAACGCGCAGGCGUUUGAUCUCAUCGCCCUCCGUAAGAUCUCCGAUGUCAAGAGCACCGACGGGAAGACCAAUUUGCUCCAUUUCGUGGUUGAGGAGGUUGUCCGCUCGGAAGGCAAGCGUUGCGCCGCCAUGAAUCGGAGCCAGAGCAUCCGGCGACCGGCGGAGCAGGAAUCUUAUCGGCAGGAUAGGGAGGAAAGGGAGAAGGAGUACAUUGUGCUGGGAUUGCCGAUCAUUGCUGGGCUCAGCACCGAGUUCGCCAAUGUAAAGAAAGCGGCGGCGAUCGAUCAAGAUGCGCUCGCGGGUGGCCCAGCUUCGCUUGAGGUGCGGUUGGCAGAGAUCCAGAAGCUUGUUGGGAGCUGGAAGGGGGAGGAAGGAGGGUUUGUGAUAGAAAUGAUUGAGUUCGUUGAAGCUGCGGCUAGAGAGAUAGAAAAAGUGAAGGAAGAGCACGGGAUGGUGAUGGAAAAAGUGAGGAGGACGACGGAGUAUUAUCAGCCGGGAGCUUCCAAGGACAAAGCCACGCAACCGCUUCAGCUGUUUGUCAUAGUGAGGGAUUUCUUGGCAAUGGUGGAUCAGGCCUGCGUUGAUAUUACCAAGAAUCUUCAGAAGAAGCCGCCGACAGCGAAACCGGCGGAGAAAGGAGGGUCAAAUCCGGCGGCGAAAAUGACUGAGGCCUCGUCGGUGAGGGAGGAGAGGAUAACUACCAGGUUUCCGAAUUUGCCGGCUCGAUUCAUGUCGGAUAUGUCUGUAUCGUCUUCUGAUUCAGAGGAUGAAGAUGAGUUCUAAGAUGCAGCAAAGGUAUUUGUUAAAAUGUUUUAACUGAUUGCUUCUUCAAAAAUAUUUGGCAACUAUUUUUUUUUUUCUGAUUUUAUAUUUUGAGUGCAUAUUAAAUGUAA